AUGUGCAUUCGUGACGUUCAGCUGGAUACCCAGCGCAGCAGCUGCACCGGUUUUCAUGCCAAGCGUUGCCCUCACCGCAUGGGCAUCGUCAGUCAUCAGGAGAACAACUCCAUUCAGCGGCGCAAGGAGUCUCAUACCGUCAGUGUAGCACUUCAAAGGAGAGAUCGUAAGCUCUCCACUCAAUAUGUUCUCAGCGCGAUACCCCUCCACGAACCGCUUCAUGUGGACCGUCCGCCCACCCUGAUUGCAGCGGCAGAGAGCCCCCUGUGA